AUGUUCAGUGAUAACUCGGAAAAUAGCACCCAUUUAAAUAAGAACCCCCUUCUUAUAAACCACCAGUACAACAUGCAACUUAUAAUCACUUUGGUACUAGUGGCUCCUUGCCUCUGCAUAAACCUCCCCCACAGUUUCAAAAAAUGCACCCUCGAGCAGCCCGAUUCGAAGAAAUGUGUGAAAGAGGCGGCGGAAUACAACGUCCAUUUGUUGAUUCACCCCUUCAAGGACUUGCAUCUUCCAGGGUUGAAACCUUUACUGAUCCCUUCCUUGUCGAUCGGGUCCGGGAAAAGGGCAGUGGCGGUGGAGCAGCACUUCAACGAUUGCAACAUCUACGGGUUCGACCAUGUGGAAUUGGAGAAAUUCGAGUUUCAUUUUGACAAGAAAUUCUUGGAGAUGGAUGCCCAUUUCGCGGAGAUUACCAAAAAGUGCCACUACCAGCUCAAUGGGAGGGUUUUGCUGCUGCCCAUUCGGGGCGAAGGGGACAGUACCAUUGUUCUGAGGAAUAUGAAGAUCAGUGGGUUUUUGCCAUACCAAGAGGUUAAGAGGAGUGGGAAGACUUAUCUUAGUUUUGAUUCGCACAAUGUGACGUUCGAUGUAGGUUCUGUCUACUUCCAUUUUGAUAAUUUGUUUAAUGGAGAUAGAGGGUUGGGGGAUAGUUUGAAUAAAGUACUGAAUGAUAAUUGGAAGCAGGUUUUUGAUGAUGUGAAACCUAAUUACUCGAAGGUGAUGGAUGAUAUUAUUCAGUCGCUGUUGAACCAAUUCUUUGGAAGAGUGUCUCUGGAAGAUGCUUUCAGUACUCAGUGA